UCGUAAAGCACGUCGCUGAUGGCUUACCUGAAGUGGUAAGCUGUCAGAUAUUACUGUUAUUUCACUUUAAAACUGUUUGUUUGGUAUUAUAAGAUGUAUUUAUUGUUUGCGCCUCAUACUUUCUAAGUAUGCAUUAUAUUUAUUUUGGAAAAAACGAUUCGUUUUAAAAUGCGGAUGGAAUUUUCAAGGUUUUACCGCGUAUUAUUUUGUAUAAUAUGUACGGGAAUUACAAACUUUCCUCUUACUGCACAAGCAGUAGCGACAUCAAAAAAUUCAACCCGCUAUACAUGCUAUAACUGUGAAGGAGCUUGUGACAAGGUCACUACAUGUGAUAAUGCCUUAGAGUGCUAUAGUGUCACUGUGAUUGAUACCUUUGGAGCCGUCACCUUACAAAAGGGAUGUGCAUCUAAAACUGAUUAUCAGUCUUUUAUGUGUUCCACCAAAGAAUAUGCACCAGAAAAACCUAACUCUGCAAAGUAUAGUUUGUUCUGUUGCCAAGGAGAUUUAUGUAACAACGGCUCUUUUCCUGUUUUGCCUCCCCGUGUUUUUACAACUUCUGAUGAUGAUCCAAAUACAGAUAAUAUUGUUAAAAUUCUUCUCUACAUACUAUGCCCUGUUGUUAUCUUAUGCGUCGUUCUUGCCAUCGUCAUUGUUGUGCUGCGAUAUGUGCAUAAAAGACGUAUGGCAUCUCUAGUUAGCCAUAAUGAUUUUGAAAACUUUUAUCAUGAUGAUCUGACAGCUAUUGAUAACACAUUAAAGGAAUUAUUUGAAUAUUCUGUUACAUCAGGCAGUGGAUCUGGUCUGCCUCUUCUUAUUCAACGUACAUUAGCUCGUCAAAUUUCUCUUGUAGAAUGCAUUGGAAAAGGUCGAUAUGGUGAGGUUUGGCGAGGUGCUUGGCAUGGAGAAAAUGUGGCUGUAAAAAUAUUUUUCUCUACAGAUGAAGCAUCUUGGGCUCGUGAGACUGAAAUAUACAGUACUAUGAUGUUGCGCCAUGAAAAUAUUUUAGGUUACAUGGGCUCAGAUGUCACUUCUUACAAUUCAUGUACUCAGUUGUGGCUUAUUACCCAUUAUCAUGAGCUUGGUUCAUUGUAUGACUAUUUAAAUUCCCAUACAUUGACACAUCAGCAGAUGAUGACUAUUGUCAUCUCAGCAGCAUCAGGAAUAGUUCAUCUUCAUACUGAAAUAUUUGGAACUGAUGGAAAGCCUGCUAUAGCUCACCGUGAUAUAAAAAGCAAAAAUAUACUUGUAAAACUGAAUGGAACCUGUGUGAUAGCAGAUUUCGGCUUAGCAGUGACCCACACACAGACAACUGGUAAAACCAAUGUUGCGCAGAAUUACCGUGUGGGUACAAAAAGAUAUAUGGCACCUGAAGUGUUGGAAGAAAAGAUGAAUCCUGCUGUUUUUGAAUCGUACAGGAGAGUAGAUAUGUAUGCAUUUGGACUUGUACUUUGGGAAGUGUGUUUACGUUGUUUGACAGGUGGGAUUGCUGAAGAAUAUCAUCCUCCAUUUCACGAUUGUGUGCCUAGUGAUCCCAGUUUUGAGGAUAUGCGAAAAGUAGUUUGUAUUGAUCAACAAAGACCUGUGAUCCCCAAUCGAUGGUCAUCAGAUAUGACUUUGUUAGCCAUGACAAAAUUGAUGAAAGAAUGCUGGCAUCAGAAUCCUUCAGCUCGUCUCACAGCGCUACGAGUGAAGAAGACACUGGCCAAAAUAGCAGCUGCAGAUCCGAAAAUUCAUUUAGAUUAAUUUUGAUUGUAGGUGCUGUGUAUGUGUGUUCAAGACUUGCAGUUUAAAAUAAGUCUGAAAUCCUGCAAUCAUGUCAGACCUUUUUGAACUACACAAAAACUGCACUAAAUGAUUCUAACUCUUCAGUGUUUUAAAUAUAGAAGAAUCAUUCUUCAGGAAUGCCAUUACUAUUUGGGAGCCAUAAAGAGUGAGAUUACCUAUUUAAUGUCCACUGCCAUGAUUUUAGAAAGAAAUGUAUAGAUUUUAUCUUUUUAUUGUAUGAAGUCUGUACACUUGAAAUGGCCUUGAACAGCGUUAGGAAACUUCAGAUCUGUGUACCUUCUUUCCAAUAGUUUGUGUAUAGCAAAAAUAUAUUUAUUUUGCUUAGUGGUAUUUUUUGCUUGUUUUUAUGUUUUAUAUUUUUGUUGUAUAGAUUCAUAAGUGUAUUUAAACAGAACAGUAGAAAUGUGUAUCAUCUAAACUUUUACAAGAUUAAUUACAGUUUCAUAGCUUAUUUCUUAUGUAUUCAUUUGUUUAAUCUCAUGUCUGUGUAACAAGGAAUACAUGUUUUGUUUAUUCUAAAUUCACAUAUUAUAUUUUAUACUAAUUAGCAAUUGAAUAACGGGUAAGCUUUAAAAAUGUCAGAUGAGUUUAACACUUUUACUAUGAUAAGUUUUUUUGUAAAACUUAUUUUGAUGUACAUAUUCUAGCCAGUGUUCUUUCUGUAAUUUAAAAGAAAUGUUUUUAAUUUAAUAAUAUAUUACUUCUGCUAAAAUGUUUUUAUAAUGUGAACACAAAAAUUUAUAAACUAUAAUUACAUCAGUUGUUACAUUUAUGACUACUUAGAAAUUUUGCUAUUAUAUAAUAAUUGUGAUUUUUUAAUGUUAUAUUUUUAUUAAUUUGUGUGUUUAAUAAUUCCAAAACAAAUGUUUAAUCCUCAAGCAGGGAUAUUAAAAAAUAUUAUAUAAAAAUAAUUUUGCAGCACAUAAAAUGCACCAUAAGAGAUUUUCAGUUAGUAAUGCAUUAAGAUUUUUUUUUUAUUCCUAUAUUUAUAAAUGUGUUAGCAUAAAGCAUUUAGAACAUUUUUAUAUGCAAAAUUUUAAUACUAUAUUUCAAAUAUGUUUUAACAUGUUUAAUGUUCUUGAUAAUGUUUUAAUAUUUAAAUAGUGAGCUGCCAACUCUCCUGGUUUUACAUAGAAACUCACAGUUUUUCAUCACAUCUGCAGGUAAAUCAUUGAUUCUCCCAGUUUUUAAUAUUUAGCCUUUACUAAGAAAAAUGUUUCAUAGCAAUAAAUGAAAUUUAUUAAUUAAUGAAACUUCAAAUGUGCAAGCUCCAUUCCCUCACAUCUAAUGAUUUUCUGAAUAUUUUUUCCUUAUUAUAUUUCAUUGAUUUUUUUAUCAAUUUUCUUUAUUACAUUUCAUUUGAUCUGAAUUGUCUUAAUCUACUGUAGACAUUUGUAGAUUUUUAUAUGAAAAUUCAAGCAAUGUUUAAUCACUUAAUGCUUGUAUUUAAUUUUGUUUUGCAGUAAUAAUUGAUGCAUUACUAAGUUUAUCUCACAAAUACUAUGCACAUUAAUUAUUAUUUUUUAUUUUCAUCUAUUUAAAAGUACUCUGAUAAAUAAAAGCUUUCCUUCACUUGUCGGGAUUUUCUCAGUAUAAAAAUUUGAGAAAAUUAAAAAAUGAAACUAUUCAAAAGACAUAAAAUUUAGAAUAUCCAACUAAAUGCUAAUAUAUUUUACAUCAGAAUUUAAUUACAAAAAUUCAGUAAUCUGAAUUAUGUAUUAUAAAGUGAAAUACAAUUUCCUUUGAUAUGGUGCUGCCGUGUAGAGUGAAAAUCUUCCCUGUUUACUGGCAGCUAUGGUAUUUCAUGCCAUUUAGUAAUAUCUUUUUGGUUGUAAAAGUAUAGAUAAUUUUCAGAUUCAUUUCUUUGCAUAUUUUAAGUAUUAAUUUGUUCUUUUUGUUCAACUUGAUUAUUUUUCACGGUUGUUUUGAUAUUUGGAGAAUUUAUUCAUUGAUAAAGCUUCUACACUUUUAUCUACCUAAGAAGUAAAGCUAACUGAAAAAUGGGAGGAUUUGUAAUAUAUUAUUCAUGCAUAUGAACUUAAAAGCAUUAAAAAAGAAAGAAAGAAAAAAAAAAAUUCAUUUGUAAAAGUUCAGAACAUUUUCAGAUUCAUUACUCAUUUUAAGUAUUUAUUUGAUCUUAGUUUUUGUUCAACUUAAUUAUUUUUCACAGUUGUUUUAAUAUUUAAAGAAUUUCUUCAUUAAUCAAGCUUCUACGCCUUGAUCUACCAAAGAAGUAAACUAAAUUGAAAAAUGGAGGGGAUUUCUAAUAUAUUAUUCAUGCAUAUGAACCUAAAAGCAUUAAAAAAAAUAAUUGAAUAAUUGCAAAGUAAAAGUGAUAAAAGUUGAACAUAAACUAAAAAUUAAAAACACAAAUAUUUUGAAUUUAAAAUGUGCCUUUAAUUGUUAUAUUAAAAAAAAGUUAAAGAAACAUACACUUACAAAACCAGCACAUAUACGGAAAGAAUUAGCCACUAGUUUGGGGUGCAUAAAAAUCCAUUUAAAAAAUAAAGAAUUCUAAAUAGAACAGCUUUCAGUGACUAACAAUGUAAUCAGUACAUUAUCCUAUGUGUAUCAUCUAAUGUUAAAAACAUCAACUGAUGUGCAUAAAAUGUUCCUGUGCUGAAGAUUUAGUUAAUAAAAGUGUAAUUUUAAAAAAUGCUCAGUUAAGAAAAACAAAUGUAAUUGGAUAUCUAUGGAAAUUAAAUAAAAAUGUGGGGUAAAUUUAAAAUAAUGUAAUUACUUUAUGCCUUAUUUGUAAUUUAUUUUACCAGAUGUGUCUUAGUUAUUAUAAAAUAUUUUUUAAGAUUUAUUAUCUUAUCAUUGAAAAAUAAAAUAGUUAAUCUCUGUAUAAAAUAAGACAUAUUUUUGUUUUUCCUGAGAUAUCUUAUAAUUCUUUAGAAUACUUAUGUUGAUGUCUAUCACACAAAGAAUACUAAAAUGAAUCAUAUAAAAAGCCAGUAAUCUGCUUAACCCUUUGACGUGUGCAAUAUUAUUUUAAUAAUUUUUUUAACUAAAAACUCUAGAAAUUGAAUAUUACAAUCCUAGAGACAAAUAAUAUAUGAAUUAAAAAAAAAAUCUACUCUUGCCCAUUGUUCUGUGGGUGGUGGUCGCA